AUGACUAGACAAACUUAUGAGAAGUACGAGCCAGCAUCGAGCGCAAAAAUAGGAAGACCGCCAGCAGUUCAUUUGAGAGCCGCUGGUGUAUUGGGUUUUAUUGGUGGCUUUCUAAUUGCGUACAAAAGAUCUGUGCUCCGAUUCAAAGGGCAAACUGAAAAUUCGAGGGAAGUGAGGAAAGAUAGGUACGAAGUGAAGAUGCUUUUGAGUCAAAAUUUGAAUCCAUAUGGUGCCUCAUCUCUUACACCCUAUUUACAAGAUGUGGCUUCCAGAAACUCUAAAGAUAGCCACAUGAUGCUUGGUCUUAUUCCUUGGUUUAACUUCGUGAAUCAUCAGAAUCAUGGUAUUGACUUGAAGAAAUACUAUGAGGUUAGAGAAGGGGAGGAUAAAUGGGGCUUCAGUCUUUCACCUCCAAAAGUUGGGGAUGGCUCUUCAGCUCAUUCAUGA